UGCCAUUUUGAGUUGCUCCAGAGGUAUAUGAAGGAGGCUAGGCUAACUAGCUUGUAAGCAAUUAAAUCUAGUAAUAUACAUCUUCGGCAUUAAUCCGGUGUUAGCUAGUAAUAGCUCAUGCUGGGCAGUUAGCUUUGCUUCUAGGGGUUUUUCCUGUUAAAACAAAAGAAAGCUCUUUUCAUUUUCUGUGUGCUGCAUGUUCCAGUAUAUGUGUUUACACCAUCGGUUCUGCUACCUCUAGAGAUUAGCAUAACUCCCUUUGCUCUUCAAUUGUUGUUUUCAGCAAUAUGUUUUGGAAAGGUUGGUUUUCAUCAUGAGUGCAUGCAAAUCAUCAGAUGCAUCUGCUUCCUCCUCUUCAGAAGUUUCUGUGAAAGAAUUUCUAGCCAAAGCCAAAGAAGACUUUCUGAAAAAGUGGGAGAGUCCUCCCCCGAAUAAUGCUGGACUUGAUGAUUUUGAAAGGAAAAAAACUCUUGGAACAGGUUCAUUUGGAAGAGUCAUGUUGGUGAAACAUAAAGCCACUGAACAGUAUUAUGCCAUGAAGAUCUUAGAUAAGCAGAAGGUUGUUAAACUGAAGCAAAUAGAGCAUACUUUGAAUGAGAAAAGAAUAUUACAGGCAGUGAAUUUCCCUUUUCUUGUUCGACUGGAAUAUUCCUUUAAGGAUAAUUCUAAUUUAUACAUGGUGAUGGAGUAUGUUCCUGGUGGUGAAAUGUUUUCACAUCUCAGAAGAAUUGGAAGGUUCAGUGAGCCCCAUGCGCGGUUCUAUGCAUCUCAGAUAGUGCUGACAUUUGAGUACCUCCAUUCUCUGGACCUCAUCUACAGAGAUCUAAAACCUGAAAAUCUCUUAAUUGACCACCAAGGUUAUAUCCAGGUCACCGACUUUGGAUUUGCCAAAAGAGUUAAGGGCAGAACUUGGACGUUAUGUGGCACUCCAGAGUAUCUGGCUCCAGAAAUAAUCCUCAGCAAGGGCUACAAUAAGGCAGUGGAUUGGUGGGCGUUGGGAGUGCUAAUUUAUGAAAUGGCAGCUGGCUACCCCCCAUUCUUUGCAGACCAACCAAUUCAGAUUUAUGAAAAGAUCGUUUCUGGGAAAGUCCGAUUCCCAUCUCACUUCAGUUCAGAUCUCAAAGACCUUCUAAGGAACCUGCUCCAGGUGGAUUUGACCAAGCGAUUUGGAAAUCUAAAGAAUGGUGUGAGUGAUAUAAAAACUCACAAGUGGUUUGCCACAACGGAUUGGAUUGCUAUUUACCAGAGGAAGGUUGAAGCUCCAUUCAUACCAAAGUUCAGAGGCUCUGGAGAUACCAGCAACUUUGACGACUAUGAAGAAGAAGAUAUUCGUGUCUCUAUAAACGAAAAAUGUUCAAAAGAAUUCAGUGAUUUUUAGAGAGAUGGCAGCCAAGCUCGCACUCAGUCUUUGCACUCUGUUGAGAUACAAGGUGGAGCCGAGACCACCCUUGUUGAAGCAGUUACCUAGUUCCUUCAUUCCAGCAACUGAGUGAGGUCUUUAUCGCUGUCCUUGUGUGUGCACACUGCAUCCACCUCUGUAACAAGGCACUGCUGAGCAAGCACUGUCUGUGCCAUGACACAGUAUAGACCACUUUCCUGCUUUGGGGUUGUCUUUCUCCCCAUUUCUACGUCCAUUUCUUCCUUUUCGUUAGUUUUUUUUCCCCCUCUCUAUAAGUGCUCCAUUUUAUUUUGUUGGUGUUUUAGAUGGGCAGUGUCAAUGGCUAUGUAAUAUGUGAAAGGAAGGGUAAAUGUUGCUUUUAGUAGUUUUUGCCAGUAUUUUUGUUGGCCAAUGGCUUGAAGAUAAACUUCCUAGUAAUCAUUUAUACUUUGAGCAGCUCUGACUCGGUUUUGCAAAAAAAACAAAAACAAAAACAAAAAACCUUGAUAAUUUUUGAAGGUAAAAUGUCUUAUCUACAAAGAAAUUUACACAAAUUAGGACAAUAACUUGCCUGGAAUUCACUGUUCUGGCAAUAAAUGCAGAAUGGCUAGACCCAGCAAUUUGGAUUUCCUACAGACCAAAAGUUCUAUUUUCCUUUGUCUCUUUUUAUAUUAUCCUUCCCUAGCGUUAACUGAAUGACCAGCCUCCACAAUGUGACUCAUGAGUCUUAUCCCACGAAACCUAAUAACAGAGCACCAUCCAGACUUUCUCUCUCAGAACCAGCACUUCUGUAGGUAUUAGAGGAGGGUUCUAAGAUUUCUAAACCUUAACUCUUCCAUCAGAGUUUUAGCCAGUAUUUUAAUAGAACAAGCUUAUUAAAAGUGACAAAUUUUAAAGUUUCUCAUAUCGUCCUCAUUGUAAACUUUUUAAGGGAGAAGAAGCAAACUAAAAUGAACAUUCAUUUGGAUGCAUACUUCGCCAAGUCAAACAAAUGGCUGGAUUCUUGCAAGUAAUAUAGAGGUACUCUUAUAUAAGUGAGGCUUUUUGAUUGUUCUGCUUUGUAACAGUGAGAACAAAAGAAGUUGCAUGGUCUUAUUAUUCUGGUGUACUAUAUUUAUAAAUCUAAGGGAGGGGCACUGUUGCAACUUCUAGUUUCAUCCCAUCCCUCAGCAAUGAGGAAAAGGGACAAAGUUUAUAAAACUGCCACAUUUGUAUUUUAAUUUUGAGGUGUGAUAUUUUUAGAUAUGUCAUAAUUUCUAACCUUUUUUUCUCUCAGUAAACAGAAUGUAUGAUCAUGCAGAUACAAUUUUAGUAUUUGAGUUUAGUUAUUUUUUUAUACUUUUUUGCCAACUGACUUUAAUAACAUUGCUGUCACGUGGAAAUUUCAAGCACUUUUGCACAUUUAGUUCAGGGUUUGUUGAGAAUCCAUAGCUUAUGUCAAUUUUUCUUACUUUUUUUGAUUUUUGUUUUUAAUUUUCCCCAUCAGGUUUUCUCCUUCUGUCUCAGCGACCUACCUUAAAACAACACACCAAAAUAAUUUCAAAUAAACUGCAUUCAUGUUUAUGCUCAAUUUACAUGCACAUGUGAUGAAUUUUUUUCAUCAAACUGAUCUUAAUGUUUUGUUACCAUUCUACUUACUUUCUUUCUGGUGCAGGUAGGUCACUGACACUACUGCUUUUUGUUUGUCUCACCCCCUUAUAAAACCUUUGAAGACAUUAGAAAAUACUGUCUGAAAUGUUCACCGAUCUGUGUGUCUUUUGGUUGUCCAGUGUUUCUGCAUAGUAAUGUCAUACUAAGCUUGAUACUGACUUUAGUUGGUUCCCUUAUGUUUAAUAUGUGCAAGAGAAAUCUGAAGUACUCAAAUAGCAAGUUGUAUGUAAAAAGGAUUUAUCAUCAUGUUAAUAAAUUUAAAAUGUCAUUUGUAUAAAAUAUUUUAAUUUUGUGUAUUUCAUUUAAACCCAAGAACAUGCUGAUCAUUGUAUUCUAUAUGUAUGCUACAAAAUCUAUGGUAGCUUUAUUGUAUAUUAUUGUAAAAUUAUUUCAGUAAAUCAUGGGGAUGACAAUUUGAUUAUUACAAUGUAGUUUUCAGUAACUAAAAAGAUUUCUAUAAAUUCUAAAAAUAUUUUUUUCUAUGAAAUUAUAAGUGCCCAACUACAGAAUCUACCCAGGUAGAAACCCCUAAGCAUACAUUGGUUUUUGAGGGCUAUUCAGCCAUUUUACUCUCUAUUUUAAGACAUGGACAAACUGUCAGAUAUGUUACUGGAGUCCAUUUCUGACCAAGCAAAAAAUUAGAAUAUUUCAAAAGCUUAUGAAGUUCUCAAUUUUAGCCACAAUGUAGCCAAAAGCAAGGUAAAAACUUGAAUAAGAAAUAAGUGGCAAAACAGUAUUUAACUUCAAAUUACAUCAUCUGAUCCUGAAGAAAUUAUGUUUUUGCCUAGCAAAUAAUUAAAAGAUGGCAUUGUGUAGAGUAGAGCCCCAGGCUGAAAGUCAAGACGUCUUAAUUUCAGGCCAGGAAAAUUCAGCAUGACCUUGACCUCAGUCCUCUUAUCUGUAGGGCAGAAGCAUUGGAUUGGGCAUUUUUGAAAGUCUCCUUCUAAUUUGAACAAGUUUUGACAAGAUUCUCUUUUUAUCUGCUAUUUUAAAGGGAUAUCAUGCUUUGAAGUCUCAGUAAGGUGAUAUAUUUUGGGGCAUCUUUCUUCUUACUUCUGACAGUGUUGUACAGUUCUUUGAAUUUUAUGAGAACCUUGUGUCUGACUUGAUUCUUUACUCAUUUGCUCAUGCUAAAUACAUGGUUGAUACCAAGCUGCCAGCCUACC